UGAAUGAACUGAUAUUCGGAAAAGGAAGUAAAUUGAAAAUCACUAACAGUAACGUUAAAUAAUGUUUACAUAGUUACACUAGUGAUUGCAACAAUUAAAAAGAAAAGGGAUUUUCUUGGAAGGACAAUUUGUCUUACAGUGCCUAAUUAGUAUUCUCGGAAUUGAAACUUAGAGAAUAUUCCUCAUGACGCUUCCGUUCGACAUCAAAUGAGGGAUAUUUCCUUGGAGUGUAAAGCUCAAAAGUAAAUUUCUUCAUGACAAAUGUAACGCUUAAGAGAGCUGAUGACGAUGACAAAAAUGGCUGAGUUAAAAUAUUCAGUAUCAGCUGUUCACAGGGAGAUUGAUCACCAAGAAGAGAAAGUGAAAGAUAUUGAGAGAAUUCCAGCAAUUAAAAAAUUGAAAAUUAGCAAUACAAAAAAACGAGAUUUGAAGGAAAAAAUGGAUAACAAAGAUGAUCAACUAAAUGAACUGCGAGAUGACCUGAAACAUAACUUGGAAAUAUUGUUUGAUCAACAGAGUGAAUUGAACGAAAUUAUAAGUUCACCACAGGAUUUCGAGAAAAAUGUUUGGCGUUGUAACCUGAAAGUAAUGAGUCUUCAAGAAAUGCCCAAGAGCAAAGAUAUUAGAAUAAGUCACACAGAUGACGGUCUUGCGAAUAACGUGAAACUAAAAGAUAAAACUUUAUCUAAGUUCAGCGGUAAGCUACAUCAAAGUGAAGAAGCUGCAUCUCACAAACUUAAGAUUUCACAAAAUAUUAUGCAUCAUCAUCUUGACACAAAAUUUAAUUGUCUUGACAUAUUGUUGCAGGAGAAAAAUGAACAAUUGUCUAAUCAGAGAGUUCUGGCAAAGCGAACUUUGAAAAAACUACAAAAUAAAGAUUCUACAUUAAAUGAAAUAGCCACACUUAAUUCCAAAAAUCGCAAUCAUGAGGCAGAGAUGGAGCGAUAUAACUUGGAAAAAAAACAUCUUGAAAAGCAUUUGGAGUGUCAACAAACUGAAAUAAAUGAUAAAGAUAAACUUCUUACCGACGCAUUGACCGAAAGAGAUCAACAGAAGGAUUUCCUACAACGAGUGUUGAAAGAAAAGGAUCAGAAAGAAUUUGAAUUAAAUCAAAUCAUAUCUUCACUAAAACAUGAAAUGCAGUCUCUGGAGAAAAACAUAGCGGACAGGGAUCUGAAAGUACUUCAGCUAGAAGAAAAAAUAAAGUCCAACGAGAAAGAAAUGAUUCCAAUUAGGGAGAAAAAUAAAAUUCUAGUAAAAGUAGUGAAGGAAAAAGAUCAGUUACUUCAAACGAAACAUCAUCUGAAUCACAUGUUGGAAACACAGCACGAAACAGAGCGUAGAUUGGUUGGAACUAUAAAUAUUCUGCAGAAGAAAAAUCAGUGUCUUGAGAGGGCUUCUGAAAACAGCGAACUGAGAGUCAAAGAUCUGAAUGAAGAAAUAGAAAGUAUGAAGACUGAAAGAAGUCAAGAACGUGCAUAUUUGAUUAGAAAUCUUAAGGAAAAAGAUAAGCAGUUUUCCGACCGGAUGUGUCGGCAGCAACAGGUUCUCAACCAAUUGUAUGAUACAGAGAAAGAAAUAAAAAAAGUUGUCGUAUCAUUAACAACGAGAAAUUGUCACAUAGAGAAAGAAAUAAAGGAUCGUGAUCUGAAAAAUGAACAUCUAAAUGAAAUGUUGUCGGAAAGCACAAACAUCAAAAUAUGCAAAACCAAUGAAUUAUCCUUAAAAGAUCAUGACUUGCAGUUAUGUGAAUUGAAUGAUCAGUUGCAAAACACUUUAAAACAGAUGCAGGAAACCGAGAUCGUAUUGAAUGGAAUUAUCACUUCACAAAAGAAACAAAUACACCACCUGGAAAAAGAAGCAGACCAACGGGUUAAAACAUUCAGAAACCUAGAAGAAACGUUAAACAGUAACGCGAUAAAGAUGAAUGAAAUGAGAGAUAGUAAUAAACGGUUAGGAAACACAGUUAAAGAAAAAGAUGAACAGUUGCGUAAACAAAAUGUUCAGAUAAAAAGGUUUCAAGAAAGAGAGACUCAAUAUGGAACAAUUGUUACUUCGUUAGAGAGAAAAACAAAGAGUCUAGAAACAGAUAUUGAGCGACGUAAUCUUAAGAUAAAAGAGCUUGAAGAAACGUUAGACAGGUUGCGGACAGAAAUAAGUGAUUGGAGUGAUGCGAAAGUUAAAGACCUUAAGCUUAAGCUACACAAUAUGACGUCUGAAAGAAAUGAAGGCAAUGAACUACGACUAAAAGAAGUUGAUGAAAAGAAGAAACUACAACAAGUUUUGAAAAAAUUACAUGAAAACGAGACUAAACUAAAUGACAUUAUCACUUCACUAAAGAAACAAAAUCAGGAGAAGGAUGAUCAGAUAUCUAAAGUUGGGGAUCAGCUGAUACAGACAUUGCAAAAGGUGGAUGACAAAGAAGCUGAAAUAAAACGAAUGGAUAUUGUAUUGAAGAAAAUGAAGUGUCUUGAGGCAGAAGUGGAACGUCAUGAACAGAAUUACAAAAUACUAGAAGAAAUGCUACAGAAGAAAAUGAAUGAAAUGACGAAAUUGAGUCAUAGAAGUGAGCUUGUAGAAACCACAUUAGAGGAAAACGACAAAGAGCGCUAUCAUUUUAAAUACACGUUAAAAGGACUGCAAGAAACAGAUACUAGUUUAGAUGGAGCUACUACUUCACAAAAGAAGACAAACUAUCAGGGCUUUGAACCAGAUAUUAAGCGUUGCGAUCUGUUGGUAAAAAAAAUUGAGGGAAAAUUAGACAUUACGAAAACAGAAAUUAGUGGUGGAUAUGAACGGCUUGAAAAAAAACUGAAGGAAAAAGAGAGGCAGUUGUCUGAACAGAGGAAUCAGCUUCAGCAAGUUUUCAAUCAGGUAAAAGAAAAAGAAACAGAAUUCAACGAAAGUAUCAGUGUACUACAGGAACAAAAUAAGGAAAAAGAUAAUCAGAUAUUUGACUUGAGGGAUCAGCUGCAACAAACUUUGAAACAAUUUGAUCACAAAAAGGCUGAGGUCAGUGAAAUUGACGCUUCACUGAAGAAGAAAGUUAAGUAUCUUGAGUCAGAGGUGGAGCAACGGGAGCAGAAUAUUACACGUUUAAAGAAAAUGUUAGACAGAAACAAGGUUGACAUGAGACAAACUGUUGAACGAAAUGCAUUUCUAGAAAGGGUAGUGGAGGGAAAAGAUAACCAGUUACAUGAAAAGACAGAUCAACUGAAUCGCACUUCGGAAAAAUUGCAAGAAACAGACACUGAAUUCGGUGGAAUUAUUUUAUCACUAAAGAAAAAUAAUCAGGAUCUUCAGACAGAUAUUGAAGAACGUGAUCUGCAAAUUCAUGAAUUGAAUAAGCAGCUACACCAGUUAAAGACUGAUAAAUGCGAUAGUGCCGAUCUUCUUACGAAGGAAGUGAAUCAAUUCUCUGAAAAGUAUUAUCAGUUGCAAGAAUCUUUAAAUCAGUCGCGUGAGAAUGAGGCGAAAUUAAAUGCUGUGACCUCUUCACUACAGACGCAAAAUAAGGAAAAAGACAGUCAGAUAUCUAAACUGACAGACAAAAUAGAACAUUUAAUGAAACAGUUGUAUGACAAAGAAGCUAAAAUAGAAGAAUUCGACACGGCAUUGAAGAAUAAACUUAAGUAUUUUGAAUCUGAAAUGACGCGUUGUGAUGGAAAAAAUAAAUAUCUAGAGCAAAUGUUAAGUAGUAAAGACGUCGAAUUAACACGAGUGACUGACAUAAACAAACUUCUAAGAAACAAAGUGAAGGAAAAAGAUGACCAGUUACAUGAGCAGAAUGAUCAGCUGAAUCGCACUUCGAAAAAACUGCAAGAAACAGAUACUGAAUUAGGAGGAAUUAUACUCUCAUUAAAGGAAACCAAUCAGGGUCUUCAGACAGAUAUUAACGAACGUGAUCUACAAAUACAUGAUCUGAAGGAGCAACUAAAUAAAAUAAAGACGACAAAAACCGAUAGAACUGAACUUCUUACAAAGGAAGCUAAUCAGUUGUCUGAAAAGAAUUAUGAGUUGCAAGAAGCUUUGAAUCAAUUACGUGAAAAAGAGGCUAAAUUAAAUGCUGUUACCUCCUUACUACAGAAACAAAAUAAGGAAAAAGAUAACCAGAUAUCUGAACUGACAGACCAUAAGGAGCAUAUCAUGAAACAACUAAAAGAUAAGCAAGCUAAAAUAGAAGAAUUUGACACUUCAAUGAAGACAAAACUGAAGUAUUUUGAAACUGAGUUGCAAAGCCGAGAGUGUAAGAUCAGACAUCUACAAGAAUCGUUAAGUAGUAAAGACGUCGAAUUAACACGAGUGACUGACAUAAACAAACUUCUAAGAAACAAAGUGAAGGAAAAAGAUGACAAUUUACAUGAGCAGAAUGAUCAGCUGAAUCGCACUUCGAAAAACCUGCAAGAAGCAGAUACUGAAUUUGGAAGAAUUAUACUCUCAUUUAAGGAAAACAAUCAGGGUCUUCAGACAGAUAUUAACGAACGUGAUAUGCAAAUACAUGAUCUGAAGGAGCAACUAAAUAAAAUAAAGACGACAAAAAACGAUAGAACUGAACUUCUUACAGAGGAAGCGAAUCAGUUGUCUGAAAAGAAUUAUGAGUUGCAAGAAGCUUUGAAUCAAUUACGUGAAAAUGAGGCGAAAUUAAAUGCUGUUACCUCCUUACUACAGAAACAAAAUAAAGAAAAAGACAAUCAGAUAUCUGAACUGACAGACUAUAAGGAACAUGUCAUGAAACAACUGAAAGAUAAGCAAGCUCAAAUAGAAGAAUUUGACUCUUCAAUGAAGACAAAACUGAAGUAUUUUGAAACUGAGGUGGAAAGCCGAGAGUGUAAGAUCAGACAUCUACAAGAAUCGUUAAGUAGUAAAGACGUCGAAUUAACACGAGUGACUGACAUAAACAAACUUCUAAGAAACAAAAUGAAAGAAAAAGAUGACAAGUUACAUGAGCAGAAUGAUCAGCUGAAUCGCACUUCGAAAAAACUGCAAGAAACAGAUACUGAAUUAGGAGGAAUUAUACUCUCAUUAAAGGAAACCAAUCAGGGUCUUCAGACAGAUAUUAACGAACGUGAUCUGCAAAUACAUGAUCUGAAGGAGCAACUAAAUAAAAUAGAGACGACAAAAACCGAUAGAACUGAACUUCUUACAAAGGAAGCUAAUCAGUUGUCUGAAAAGAAUUAUGAGUUGCAAGAAGCUUUGAAUCAAUUACGUGAAAAAGAGGCUAAAUUAAAUGCUGUUACCUCCUUACUACAGAAACAAAAUAAGGAAAAAGAUAACCAGAUAUCUGAACUGACAGACCAUAAGGAGCAUAUCAUGAAACAACUAAAAGAUAAGCAAGCUAAAAUAGAAGAAUUUGACACUUCAAUGAAGACAAAACUGAAGUACUUUGAAACUGAGUUGCAAAGCCGAGAGUGUAAGAUCAGACAUCUACAAGAAACGUUAAGUAGUAAAGACGUCGAAUUAACACGAGUGACUGACAUAAACAAACUCCUAGAAAAGAAAGUGAAGGAAACAGAUGACCAGUUGCGUAAGCAGACAGAUCAGCUGCGACAGGAAAUUCAGCAUCUACAGGGAGAGGUUAAACGCCGUGAUAUGAAAGUGAACGAUCUGGAUAAAAUGUUACAUAGGAAAAAAAUUGAAAACAGGGAAACUGAACAAAACAAAGAUGCAAGGGAAAAAGAGAAGAAAUUAGCCGAUCUUAAAGAUCAAUUGCAAAAGACUUUGGCAAAAUUGCACGAUACAGAAACUGAACUAGACGAAACGAAAACGAGGCUCAGCAAAGCUAUGGGAGACAGACUGACUGAUAACAACCCAAACAUUACCGACUUAAGCGAUAGAAAUCGCCCUACAAAACUCGCUGAGAGAUGUGCUGAAUUGUAUGAUAAUCAGUGGACAGACGCGUUUGACAUUCUCGAAGAAUACUUCAAUGCAGAAGAAAAUGUUAUAGAAGCUCUUCUGCAGAUUCUGCAGGAUGUCAUGACUUUCUGCAUAACAAAGGCACGCGAACAAGUGGAGGAAUUAGGACGAAACUUGAAAUUUUCAGAUCAGCCAGGAAAUGGAGAUGUAUCAGCCGAUGUGCAUAAACUCCUAAAAGAUUGCAGGAGGGCAGUAGCACCUAUUGCCGUGGGAAACCUAUAUAAGAUGUAUGUGUCACAUCUAAAACAGUCAAGUAACAAAACACUAAGAACAGCUACAGAAGUUGGCUCCUAUACAUCAGAAUGUCUUGAAAUCUGCUGGUUUAUGGUGAUCCAAGACCCACCUGUUGCGUUUGCUCCGUUGCUCAGGAAAGGUUCAGGCUUUAAUACAGACCUUUACAAACCAUACACAAGCAGUGGCACUCACAUCGACUAUGUGGUAUGGCCUCCUCUGCUUUUACACGAGGGUGGUCCAAUACUGGCGAAAGGUGUAGCUCAGGGAUACGGCAAGAAAUCAGAAAAGGGAACAUAAUGAAAUAAUUAUGUCACAUCAGUUGAUUAAGAAAGGCUUAACGAAACAGUGUGACAGAAACGUGAACUGACCAGAUUUAAAGACUGAUUUCGGGAUGUAAUUUAAUUCGUCAGCUUUGUGAUUUAUCAUAUUUGGUUUUUAACACUUUUGUUAAUAUGUUUCACACAUGUAGCUGUGGAGACAUACUGAAUUAGUUCUGUCUGUCUGUCUGUCUGUCUGUCCAUUACAAAGUUUGUCCACGCUAGACCCCCAAUACCACCGGACAGAUUUACACCAACUUUCACAAGAAUGGUCAUUUUCAAGACCAGACGACAUUUUCUGGUUUGAUCUUUUUCGGUAAAGUUAUGGACCUCAACAAGUGAUUCUUCAAAUUGUAUGAUGGUUUGGCCACUUUUCUUGUGUUAUUGGACACAUUUUCCACAUGCCUUACAGGAGUAAUCAGUGCUAAGCCUCAUUUUGCAUUUUGCAACUGCUCCAAUACCAAAAGGAGGAAUUUCACCAAACUACACAAAAGUGAUCAUUAGUUGUGCAUGUCCAGGGCACGGUUCGGUUAGGUGCUUUCAACAGAGUUCUGGCCCUUGAUUCAUGAAAUUCUAUGAUGUUUCAGACAUUUCUCUUAUAUAAAAGCCUGGAUUUCCAACAAACCCUACAGAAGCCCGUCCGCUUAGCUCAAUAGGAAGAGUGCAGAUCAAAGGAUCCCGGGGACGUGAGUUCGAGCCCUGGCGAGGCGUAUAUAUUCCGUGAUUAUUUGAUAAAAGACAUUGUGUCUGAAUUCAUUCGUCCUCCACCUCUGUUCAUGUUUGAAAGUUGGCUGUUACUUGUUGAGAACAGGUUUGUACUGGUACAGAAACCAGGAACACUGGUUAGGUUAACUGUCCGUCGUUAUAUAACUGAAAUACUGUUUAAAAAGCGGCGUUAAAUCAAAAAUAAAAAAAAAACUACAGGAAUAUUCAGUCCCAAGUCUAAAUUCCAGUUUGUUUAGUUCUGCUCAUUGUUUUCUCGUUUAGGGCAAAUCCAUUAUUUUAACUGGGGGACCAUACGCCGCUUUUCAUGGAAUUACACGCUAGUGUAGCAUUGAAUGUUCCAUGUGCACCGCCGUAUGAACACAUAUGCGGAUGUCUCUAAAUUGUUUUUCGGCGACGCCGUCUAAAUUCGUUUUCGUUACCUAUGCCACGUGACUUCAGUUUGCAAAUCAAACUACUUGAUAACGCAUUAUAGAUAAUUUAUCAAAAUGGAAGAUUUAUGCAACACUCUGCCUGAUUGGACGAGUGUGUCAAUUUCUUUCACUCUGUUGAUUGUGCUACGCUGAGUGAAAUGUAGACAAAGCGUUUAUCCUAAACGACGCUGUUCACAGUUUUAAAGCUAACUUUGGCUCAGUAUAUUUAGCAAGAAUAUUGAUAUAUCUCAAAAUGAUCAGUAAGUUUAAUAAAUAUGAUAAAAACCUGUUCAAUACCAACAUAUAUCAAAUCAAAGAAAGAGCUGAAUACGGUCUGCGUAUCACAUGAAUAAGGGUGUGAUAAGAGUCUUUUAUUUUUAAAAGAUUUUCCUUACAAUCGUCGUCUGUAUAUGAAAAGGUUUCUUGCUUUUGUGACUUAUUCAGGUUGCAUAUUAAAAUAACUACUUGUUUGCUUUGAUAUAUUUGUUAUAAAUUAUUUAACUGAUUUAUAAUAUAUGAAUAUUUUUCCUUAGUAUGGUAUGCAAAUAUUGAACUCAGUUGAAAUCUGUUUUAUUAUAUAUAUGCUAUAUAAUGACUGAAUCACGUUACGCUGCAUACAGUUUAUCUAUGUGAUAUGACUAUGGUCAAACUUUGCUUAUGAAACAGAAAUAUUGAAAUAAUUACAAAUGUAUGUUUUGCUUGGCCUUCACUUUUUUAUAGGUGUGACGUCAUUGUCCAAAGAUUCAUGAAUAGCGAAUAUGCUAUUUGUUAUAGCGGAUCAGUUGGCCUAUUUUAGAAAUAAAUAAAAAUAAUAUAUAAACAAA